AUGUCACCAACGGAGAGACAUUUCGUUAUCGUCGUCGGCGCUGGCCCUUCAGGCCUUCUUUUGACAUUGUUGUUGGCCCAGGCAAAUAUACCUGUUCUCUUGGUCGAGAAAGGAGCCAAGCUGGACGAACAGCCCAGAGCCACUCACUAUGGGCCACCAGCUAUGAGCGUAUUGAACCGUGCCGGGGUGGUUGACGCGAUGGCAAGCAUCGGUUUCCACCCGCAAUCUGUCUGCUGGCGAACGCUCCAGAACGAACGCCUGGCCGGAAUUGACCACAGCGGCACAAUGGACGACCCGGACAAGAUGGUGUGCUUGCCUUUGAACCAGCUCGGCAAAGUCUUAUUAGAGCAUAUUCUGAGGUACCCGUGCGCCACGAUUCUUUGGGGCCAUGAGGCCACGAGUAUCCGCGAUGAGAAUGGCACUGGAGUCAUAGAGUUCGACACUGUCGAUGGCAAGAAGGAGUUUCGCGCCUCAUACGUCGUUGGCUGUGACGGAGCCAACAGCAAGAUCAGACGGCUUUUAUUUGGAGACGAGGGGUUUCCUGGGAAGACUUGGGACGUUCAGGUUGUGGCCACAAAUGUAUACUACGAUUUCCACAGGUUUGGUUACGAAGAUGCCAACUUCAUCAUUGAUCCGGAACACUGGUAUAUGGCCUCACGAAUCACCAGAGAUGGCAUGUGGCGUGUCAGCUAUGGCGAGAGUGCUGGCAUGACCAGGGAGCAACUACUGGCCCGUCAGCCUAAGAAAUGGAAGGACAUGCUUCCUGGCUCGCCUGAUCCUGCAGACUAUAAAAUCGUCAACUUCAGCCCGUACAAAGUCCACCAGAGACUUGCAAAAUCUAUGAGAGUUGGGCCUUUCAUUUUGGCAGCAGAUGCUGCGCAUGUGUGCAACCCCUUCGGAGGUCUUGGCCUCACAGGGGGAAUCGUUGAUAUUGGCGGUCUUUUUGACUGCCUUGCUGGGAUUCAUCAGAAGAAAGCCGACGAUUCCAUCCUGGAUCUCUACUCUCGGGUCCGUCGAGAAAUCUACGCGGAUUUUGUGGAUCCAAUCUCGAGUGCGAAUUUAGUUCGCAUGAGCGACUCGCAUCCGAACACGAUCCUCGAGAGAGAUCCGUUCCUACAGUUGCUCACCGCGGCACAAGGGGACAAGUCCAAGAUGUCAGAACUCGUCAAUGGGCUUAACGUCAUAAAACACGAUUUCACGAAGUACUAUACGUGCAAUCAGAGCGAGCCUCAAGACAGCAUCACAGUGAGAUUGAGCGGCGCUGAAGAGAAUACAGACACCAAAGCAACGACAAAGACAUCGGAAUGA